CCGCGUGAACUCGAUCUAACGAACCUCCCUCCACCAUUGCUUGGGCGAGUUGAAGUCGAGCUGCGUGCCGCAUCCGCAUCCGUCUCCCCUCCUCCCAGUCUUGUCCACAAGUUCCAUCCGGAUCUGAUCCCCUCGUCAAACCAGUAACACCGAUCUAGGGUUUCACCUUUCCCCUUCCUCUCGUUCCUCCACCGGCGCUUGCGCUUCGCGGUGCGUAAGCCAUGAUUGCGGCCGGGACUCUCGAUCCUCCUACCUACCUGCCUCCACCGGCGCCCCGCAGCGCGCCUGCCCCUCCACCGGCGCCGCGCCGCGCGUCUGCCAUGACUGCUGCCCGGCGUCCCGCUCCUAUCUACGUGUUCAACAACGAAGUGCGUGCGGGCGAAUUGAUCGGCAGGCCGGGCAAAUUGAUCGGCAGGCCGGGGGAAGGGUGGACUGAGAUUAAGAUCGUUUGCAGGAAGGCUUACGGAUGCGGGGACAACAUCAAGGAGGCGUUGAAUGGCCUCAGUCUCCACGUGCUCCUCGGCGACGAUCCGCUUGUCAGCUCAUCCUUGGCCAUCCGCAUCAGCCCAGAAGCUCAUGAGAGAUUCAACUCGGAGCUUGACGGCCGUGCCCGAAAAAACUGCAGGCCGCACUACCUGAACAGUAAUAUGACUGCGAGGGCCAGCAUAAUCCUGAUGGAUGAAGAGCAGGACCUCAUGAUCAUGAUGCUGUUCCUGCAGCGCGAGGACCUUCGUGAUCUGCCCUACUACCUCGUUUACGACCACAAGAACGCGUCACUCUCCAUGAUCAGCUACAUCCCAGAUCCCCUCGAAGUCAUUGGUAUGUUAAAGCCCGUCCCCAAGCGCACCUCUGACGGUGCUUAUGAGCUGUUCCUCAUGGCUCGUGAAUCUCACGAUGGUCUGCCCAUGGCUUUUGACAUCGACCGGCCGCCCUUUCUCUGCGUGUUCUCUCUGUUGAUGGGGGCAAACCUGACUUGUGCAUGGGAGAUGAAGAAGAGGGUGAGCUGGAAUGUGCCGGUGAGCGUCUAUGAACGAUUCAUGACGGACAUGACCUUCUCUUUUCAAGGCAAGGGUAUUUGGGUUGAUCUGUCGCAAGCCAUCAUGUACUGUGACCUGCAAACCACUGACUCUGUCAUUGGUUUUGACUGCAUCAAGUUGCCAGUCGGGUGCGAGCUUAACUUGGAGGAUGCGUUGGACUGUGAGGAGUCGAUGAAGAUGUCCCGGACCAUGGGCUGUGUCAGGGGCUCAAUCUGGUUCGUAUGCAUUCGCCGUGGUGAGCACAAUGCAGAUGACUUAGUGACAAUGUGGACUCUGGAACUGCCUUGGGGGCAGUGGAAGAAUGAGGCAAGGUUUCCUGUCAGAGAGCUCUGGAGGUUCGAUGGCUUCAAGGAGGGCGGGUUGCCGGAGGCGCAGGUGGGGUACCCUGUCCUCAUGGCAGAUGGUACCCUCUGCCUUGUGUUGUAUGACGCUUGUUCAGAUGUUUCUUCGGUGUAUCACAUAUGCACCUUUGACAUUUGGAACAAGAGGCUCCUAUGGCAUGGGUCUGUUCGUCACCACUCUUUUACUGAGACAGUUGCCAUCUCUUCGCAUUUCUUCCAAAGGAAGCAUGUUUCACACAAGAGGAAGUAUGAUGAACUCCAUCCUGUAGCAGGUCCUGCUUUCGCCGCCAGGGACAAUGUACUGAUCAAGAGUCAGGGAGCGUGGUGACAGGUGUCAAGGCAAAAGUUGCGUGUCUUCUGCUGGAUCCGGGUUUUUUGUUGCCAGAUUGCUCUUAGUAGUUGGGUUCAUGUUCCUGAGUACUCGUAGCUUCUUUCGAGCUUUGUUUCCAUUCUGCUAUGGAUGUUUAAGACUCCCCUUAAUUUCUUGCAAGUCUUUAGGUACUUAUCUUUUGAUUGUGCUGCAUUUGUGAAACGUUAACUUGUGCCUGUGCUUAUAUUAUUCUAUGUGCGGAGCCAGUCGUUUUGUUAUUGUUAAACCAUGUUGGUGGAUGGAUGCCAA